AUGAACAAAUGUGGAAACCGCUUCACUGAUGGACAUGACACAUACGCAAGGUCUUCAUUCUCAGUACUGGGGGUGUUGACUCCCACGGCAUCUAUGGCCGAUGCGGCAUCUGUCUCUGGAGCAGGCUUGGGUGUGAAUAUCUUGAAUUCACCUGCGGAGGGACAAUUACCGGGUAGUGAGCAU